AUGCAUUUCAAGUCCAACGUCGCAGCUGCCAUUUACGGCCUGUCGGCCCUGGCUAGCGCAGCCCCCUCUGCUUCCACCGCGUCUAGCAGCUCCUCCGCAGAUGCUGCUCACUUCAAGGAGUACACAAUCUCAUCGGACAACAUCACCGUCACAAUCAUCCCUUACGGAGCGCGUCUGACCUCAGUGUUGGUCCCCGAUCGUAAUGGCAAAACCCAAGAUGUCCUAGUCGGUUACGACAACCCGCUUGAGUACCUGCACGACUCAGAGACCAACCACACCUACUUCGGCGCUGUUGUGGGUCGCUACGCCAAUCGCAUUAAGAACGGUACUUUCACCAUUGAUGGUAGCACCUACCACAUCCCCGAGAAUGAGCACGGUGGCCUGGACACCCUCCACGGCGGCUUUGUUGGCUAUGACCAGCGCAAUUGGACUGUCACCGCCCAAGACGCGUCGUCUAUCACCUUCAGUCUCCUGGAUGAGGCAUGGCAGGGAUUCCCCGGCGAGGUUAUCUCGCACGCCCAGUACAGCGUCUCUACCGAGAAGUCGGUUGAGAACCCCAAGGGAUUGCCCCAGCUGACCACUAAGCUGAUCUCCCUGGCCUUGACCGAGAAGACCCCUAUCAUGCUUGCCAACCACCUCUACUGGAACCUCAACGCCUUCAAGGAUGAAACAAUCCUGAAGGACACCUUGCAGAUGCCCCUAUCCCAGCGCUUCGUCGUCGGAGACACCCUUGAGGUCCCCACUGGCGAGAUUGCAGACGUUGCGACUGCCUACGAUGGUGCCUUGGACUUCUCCUGGCCCAAGGCUAUCGGCCAAGACAUCAACAAGACCGCCGGUCUGUGCGGUGCCGACUGCACCGGCUACGAUACCUGCUGGAUCAUCGACCGUCCUGCCACCUACGCCGCUGAGAACUCCAUGGUCCCCUCCUUGCGCCUUGCCUCCGAUACCACCGGUAUCAGCCUGGAUGUCACUACCAACCAAGCUGCUUUGCAGAUCUACUCUUGCAACGGCCAGAAUGGUACCAUCGCCACCAAGGAGUCCCAGGCCAAGCGCAACAAGGCACAGGAUGGCAGCCCUGGUGCUGCCUACGUUAACAAGUACGGCUGUCUUGUCAUUGAGACCGAGGACUGGAUUGAUGGUAUCAACCAGCCUCAGUGGGGUCGUGACCAGUACCAGAUUUUCGGCGCCGAUGACGGUCCUGCUAUCAACUGGGCUACUUACCAGUUUGGCACUUACUAA